AUGGGCCCCGUGACGCGGUCGCCGGGAAAAAACCCGCGUGAACGGUGUGAGGCUGCGGUGCCCCCGCUGCGCCUUUGUGCCGCAGCGCCCGCUGCCCACCUCGCUGACACGCACGCCAUUUAUCUCCGAAGCCAUUGUCGGUCGGCCGAAGCGUCGAACGGCGAAACGCUAGUGAUGGGGCGUUCGCGCGAAAACAAACAAGCGCUCCGGCCGACCCGGCUGCCGUGCCGACUGUACCGGUGCCCCCGAGUGUGCCUCGCAAUUUGGAUGUCGGAUACGAAGCAAAGUGGCACCCAGUCGCGAAGAUUGCCGUCCGUUAUGGUAAUCGCGCGGGGAAAAUGCCUCUCGUUUGUGCCGUAUUGUGACGGGGAAAUUGACGGG